CUUCUUCUUUUACUUUUUUUUCUUUUAUGAAUCAAACUGAUCCUAACGAUGUUAUGCACCACGAACUUGAAUGUGUACUACCAAGAUCGUCAUUUAGUUUACCCCCCAUAAGAUCAUCAACACCUAGCAAUACGUCUAUAGCUACCUUACCUGUAUAUACUAAUGAUGGAAGUGUAGCUAGCUUUUGUGGUAGCCCCAGCACAAUAAGUAUAGAUAGCAUUCAUAACAGCAUCAGUAGCAUUAGUAGUGAUGAUGACGAUGACAACGAAAUUAGUAUUGCCAUUUCUGGUAGAAAAGCCAUUGUACCACCUACUCUCAAAGUUAUACAAAAUAAGAAUAAAGAACAAGGUAGCCUGUAUGAGGACAUAUGGAUGGAUUCACCUAUAUUCAGAGAGUACUUGCACACAUUAGAGACCUGGCUAUCGUACUAUUUGGCAUGGUUAGAAAAAGUAGAACAGUGUAGACAGUUAGAAAUAGCUUACAACAAAUCACUCACUUUGUUAUAUGAGCAAACAAAGCUAUUAUUAAAUGAGCCAUUCUAUACUCUAGAAGAAUGCACUCAGUUAGGUUGGAUUGAUAAAGAAGAUGAUGAUGACGAUGCAUGGGAAAAUGAAGAUGUGCGACUUAUUCUUCCUUUACUUCGAGAGCAUGGAUCAAGGAUCAAAGAAACUGUAGCAUAUUAUAAAGACAUUAUACCAAACUCAAGAACAAAAUACAUACAGCUUUCUAAUGCUUAUUGCGCAACUCAGAAAUUAAAAGCAGCACAUAAUAGUCAUAAGCCAUUAGAUGAAAUCACAGCGACCUUGUAUGCAGCAAAGAGAUCAUUGUGUAAAGCUCAGUUAGAGUAUGUUCAAUCAUUAUAUUCGCUGAUUCGAUCUACAAGAGAACUAUUAAAUGAAAAGUUGACUUCUUUGCUCGAAGGCUUAGUUUCAGAUAAGCACAGAAACAUAAAAGCCUUACAGAUACUAGCGCUAUCGACAACAGAAUUCAUAUAUUAUGUAAAUUCUACAAGUGCCUCAUUUGAAAAAAAGUGCAAUAGUGAGGGUUUAUCGCUCUAUAUUCAGGAAAAACUUGCUUCCUAUUAUCGUUCACUUAAAUCGAUGCAAGAAGUUCCAUCGCGACCUUCUUCUCCUGUUCCUUUCCCUUUUUUGAAUAAGCCAAAGACUGUACAGAGUUAUAAUAGCAUUGAAUUACUGUUUGCUCAACAAACGCAAAUUUUCCAGCACAUGUCCACAAGAGGUUAUCUGCUUAUCAAGAAAAGAAGCAAGGACGCGAAUGGAUCCGUUAGCAAUACGGGAAAAUGGGAAAGGCAUUAUUUUUAUAUAUCAAGUCAUGAUGGGCAUUUAAAGCAAUACAAGAAUCAAAGCGUAUCCAUUACGAUUAUCAACCUAAAACACGCGGUUGUGCAGUCUCUAGAGUCAGAAAAGCGUGAUUAUAUCAUACAGAUUUCCGGUGCAACAGAUAGUUUUUGCAUCCAGCUUCAAACAGAGACAGCCAAAGAUUUCUCUUGCUGGCUGCAGGCAUUAAGCUCAUGGAACAAUAGUAAAGUAAUAAGGAGGAGCUCAGAUUUGCGCAUUAAACCACUGGGGUCAGGAGGAAAUAGGUUUUUGUCAAAGAAGUCUAUUUUGUCCGUAGAGAGCGUGCACACUACAGAGAAUAUGAGUAUUGCAUCAUAUAAAAGCACAAGCAGUGCAGAGAUGGCAAGUUGCGGAACAGCUUUAGGUCAUCCUAUUCCUAUUAGUGAGUGCUCUGUAAACUGCUCUGGCAUGAUCGCGAGUGAUGGGCCCACACAGUUUACAGGCCUUUUCAAGAUUUAUAAGUCUUGUAUUAAGAAGCUAAACUGUACCUCUCAACAUUCAGGCGAACUUUGCAUCCUGUAUGUCUCUUUAUUAGAAGGUGGCAUUUUACACUUGCAGACGGAAAAGAAUAGCAGCGAAUUCUUUCAUAGGCCUAUUCAUUUGUAUUCCCUCACAUCUCAAGAUAUUUAUGCAUUCUCUGAUUCUGUUGAUCAUAUGCAAUACUGUAUCGCUAUUCGGCCAUUACCAACAGAAACGUAUCACCUCAUUACAUGCAGCAGAGCUCAACGAGAUUUAUGGUUAAAUCGUCUAAAGCAUAGUUGUUUACAGGCGAUGGCUCUGCCAAGAAAGGUUCAAAGUCUGACAAUACGAGUAGGCGAGGGGCGAAAGAUUCAGCUGAAGGACUCUGUUUUGUACUGUGAAAUCGCAAUCGAUCAGGAAAUCAGAGCGCUCACUGGCGGUUUAAAGAAAUCCGCCACUCUGUCUUGGCGGGAAGACUUUGUAUUCUCUGAUAUUGCCAAGAUAAAUCAUGGCAUCACAGUUACUAUUUAUUCCAAAAAUAGCAAGAAUGAUCGAGAUGUCAUCUAUGGCACUGUCUUUAUACCCGCGGAUCAGUUAACUACUCUAAAUCAUGUGCUUCAGGAAGACUGGUAUGAAAUUCGUAAAGAAGGAAGUAAGCACCGUGCAUUUGCUUCCCUUACCGGACUGGGUUCAGGCAAUAAUGCACUAGGCGAAGUGCGAGUGGGAAUUUUGCUAGAAGAGCACACUGUCUUUUCACUCGAAGCCUAUCAACCACUGAUAAAUGUCCUAAAAGAAUUUCACCAUGACUUGAUUUAUGAUAUGGCCAGAAAGACAUCCGAUGUUCAGGCAUUGGCACGCAAUCUUCUCAGAAUAUAUGAAGGCAUGGGAUUAACCAUUGCAUGGAUAAAGUCGUUGAUUGACUAUGAGGUCAGCUCUCUCUCGCUAGAUGAUGCCAACAUUUUAUUCAGAGGAAAUUCAUUUUUUACAAAAGUCAUUGAUAACUUUAUGAAAAUGAAUGGUAGAGAAUUUCUGGAAGAGGCAUUGCAGUUUACAAUUGAAAGAAUAUGUAAAUCUGGUACCUAUAUCGAAGUUGAGUCCUCACGUAUACCAGAUGCUACAGUAGAAACUACUUAUACCAAUUGUACAAAACUGUUUGAUCAUGUUCGUUGCAUAUGGAGUGGGAUUCAAAGAGCAAAAUCAAAAUGUCCUAGUGAAUUCCGUAAAGUAUUUGGACAUUUACAAUCGGCUAUUAUUAGCAGGUUUAAAUUAGAGGAUAAUGUUUUGGAAAGACAUCAUCAAGUGGCCAGAUAUACAUGCGUCAGCGGCUUUAUCUUUUUACGAUGGAUAUGUCCAGCUAUUAUCUCUCCCAAACAGUUUGGACUAGUACAAGAUCAUCCAGACACAAACACCUGUCGUACUUUGACCUUGAUAGCAAAAUGCUUAAUGACGCUUGCAAGCCAUAGCUCCACUGAGCAAAAUGCAAAGGAACUAUGGAUAAUGCAGUUGAACGACUUUGCUCAGGCAAAUACACAAAAUUUUAUGGACUUUAUUAACCAUGUAUCAAGCGCAGAAGAAGAUCAGAACGAUCAAAGCAAGACAAGACCUGAUGAGCCUAACCCGACCUAUUUUCUGGACUUACCAUACGAGCUAGCUCAGCUUUCACGAUGGUGUACAAAGGAAUGCUCGGCAAGCAACAUUAUCACCAAAUCAUGCGGCUAGAUGACAAGAACCUUUAGCUAAUAAAGAC